AUGGUUAAUCCACCUCAACCAAGAGAGAAGCCGCCAACUUCACCUCGAGUAUCCCACUCGCUGGUUUCCUCAAAGCAUUCGCCUCUUAUUUCACACAGUCAAUUGUAUGGAAAUAGCAAUAUACCACCAACUCCACAUUCACAUUUGCACCAUACACCAAGCAAUUCGUCAUCGGUAUCGUCGCUGUCGUCAGGAGCUUACAGUCAUAGCCAUAGCCACAGUUACAGCCAUGGUCCUGCCCAUGGUCCUGGCCAUUUGGGCCAUGGACAUAGCCAUUCGACUGCUUCCAAUAUUAGUGCCAGCAAUACUGGUAAUAGUACAGGAGGACCAGGACAAGGGCAAGGCCAAGGACAUGCGUCCCAGCAUCCAUCACGUAAACCUUCGAUUGUUGAAUUGUUGAGCUCACCUCCACCGUUGCCCGUGGAAUCAGAUGAUGCCAUCCACCAUUUCAGUUUAUCGAGGAACCCUUCCAUAAGCUCAAGAACUAGUGGUGGAUAUAAUCCUUUUAGCAGCAGUGGUCUUGGCCACCACCCUUCUAUUUCGACUCAAAGCGGAUAUGGCUAUGGCUAUGGCACCGGUGCUGGCAAUGCUGCUGGUGGUGGUGGCAUUGAUUGGAGCGACUUACCAUUAACCGAGGUGGUUGAGCCUAGCAAGUUGAUCCACAUCCAUAGUUCAAAUUCGGUACAGGCAGCGUUUGAAACCUUGGUUAAAAACGACUUGACCAGUGUACCAGUCUCUGUAUCCAAAGAUGAUCCCACCGAUUUAAGAAACUGCUUGACAUUUGACUACAGCGACUUGAACACGUAUUUGUUGUUGAUUAUGAACAAGAUUGACGCCAAUGAAUUGAAUGUCGACGAGAUUGGUGAUGCGAAAACCACCGUUAAGGAAAAACAAAAUCUUGUUGUUCAAGCCAUCAACAAGGCCAAAAAGGGGGAAGAAGUCCCCGUUGAAUUCAUCAUCAAGUUGCACCCCAAGAACCCCUUUAUCAAAUUUAGUGAAGAAGAUACUUUGUUUUCAGUCAUGGAGACAUUGGGCAAUGGGGUUCAUCGAGUAGCCAUCACCAAUGACGAAGGCACCAAAAUCACAGGGAUACUUUCGCAAAGAAGGUUAAUCAAGUACAUGUGGGAAAAUGCCAGAAGAUUCCCGCUGUUGGAGUUUUACCUCCAGUCGACAUUACAGGAUUUGAAAAUUGGAUCAACCAACCCCAUCACCAUAUACGAUGACCAGCCAGUGCUAGAAGCACUACACAAGAUGUUUAACGAAAAUGUGUCCUCGCUAGCCGUCAUUGAUAGGGCCAAGAACCUAAUUGGCAACAUCUCCAUUGUUGAUGUGCGCAACUUGACCAGCUCCAAAAACUCGCACUUGUUGUACAAAUCGGUGUUGAAUUUCAUCAGCUACAAUUUGUCGCAAAAGGGAAUUGAAGAAGGGCAAGACCAGUUCCCCAUUUUCCAUGUAAAUAAUCAGAGCAGUUUGGGAAGAGUCAUUGCCAAAUUGGUGGCAACUCAAUCGCAUAGAUUAUGGGUGGUUGAUACUUCGAGAAAAGCAAGUGCUGCGUCUUCACAAAGCUCUAGCGCACCCAACAGCGGACUCAACUCUAGCGUUACCUUUGGGGCACCUCAACCUGCUGACGUACCAAUUACAAACAAGGCCACCAGCGUUGAGGCCACGUUGAUGAGCAGCAGCAGCGGACAAUCGUUGCAGAAUCCAGGCGUUGCCUUGGCUGCCUCUGCAGCACAACAGGAAGCGGGCUACACUGGAGGCACGGGAAAAUUGAUUGGGGUAGUGACGCUAACUGAUAUUUUGGGCGUGUUUGCCAACUCCAAGGGAAGGAAAACGGACCCAUUAUCAGCUAGAAACCAGAGACGCAGAAGCUCAACGUCAACUACAAGGUCUUCAAUUGACAGUUCGCUAAGCUUUGAGCAGCCAAGUGGCAACACUCAGACUAGUCAACCUGGUGUUGGCGGUGGAAGCAAUGGGGGAAGCACAGCCAACCUUGCUCAGCCAUCGACAACUACCAAUGUCGGUUCUACGGGGCCUCGAGGAUCGGGUAAUGUGGACGCCAACAGUGAUAUCUUUAGGAAGCAAUUUGUCAAACCAUAG